AUUAACUUAAAAAUGUUUUGAGUAUUUUUUAUCCUAUUAUGAAAUCCUACUUACGUAAUUAUUAUAGAAAUAAUUCUUAUGAAGAUAAUCUUAGAUUUGGGGUGGAAUUGGAUUUUGUGCAGUGUUUAUCUGACAUUUAUUAUCUGAAGCAUUUAUUCGAUAAAGGCUAUUUCAAUGAUGAGAAUUUUAGAGCAUAUAUAUUAUAUUUACAGUAUUGGCGCACUGGCCAUUAUAUUAAGUUUGUUGAAUACGCUUAUUGCCUCAAGAUUUUAGAACUACUCCUGGAUAAAGAUUUUGUUAACAGUCUGUCCUCAGAUUUAACUGUUGAAGCACUAAAAUACCAAAUUGAUAAUCAUUGGAUAUGCUUCAAACAUGACAAAUAG